AUGGUAAAUUGUCAUCAUUCUGACUCGUCCCUUUCAGCGACGAAGACAACAUUGUUAAGAAAUGAUGUUGUAAGUAAUUCGGAUUUGUCAAAGUCAAGAAGUCCCAGUUAUUGUCAUAAAAGUUUCUUUGGUGAUUUCAGAUCUUGGGACGAAGUUUUCAGUCAUCUCAAACGGGAAUUGGUUGAUAUACGACAGCGGGAUGCUCAAAUCUUCGCAGAUUUGCAGCUUGUGGAGCUUCAGUUGGAAAAUGUCAAACACCAAGCUUUGACUGAGUUAAAACCAGAUAGCAAUAUAAACACUCUUACUGAAGGUUCUGAUAGAUUCCGAAAAAGGCGAGUAGUCAAAUUAGGUGAACUGGUUGAAAGUAUGACAUUGUAA